AUGUCUGAGGAGGAGAAAGAAUGUCUGGCACAUUAUUAUUCUCCAAGCAUGUGGAAUAAGCGAAUGGACCCAGGAGAAGUAGUAGAUUAUCAUGUAAACAUCUGUACUAGCCACAGUGAAAAUGUGUGCAAAAAUUCUCACUGGGAACCAAGUGUCUGUUAUGGUGAAAAGAAAGCUAAGAUGGAUAUAUGUUAUCCUUCUCAAGAAAAUUAUGACACAGCUGUAAAUGGAAGUGGUGGCAUUUGUGCACCAGUAGUACUGUUUGUUCAUGGUGGGUACUGGCAAGCAGGGAGCAGGAAGACUUAUAGCUUUGUUAGUAAAUCAUGGACUAAAGCUGGUUGUGUUGCAGCAGUGGUGGGUUAUAACCUUGCACCAGAAGCGAGCUUGCAUCAGAUGGUGAGUGAAAUAAAGUCAGCAGUGAAAUAUAUCAAUACCAGGUUUCCAAAGUCCAAACUGUUCUUUUGUGGCCAUUCAGCUGGGGCACAUUUGUGCGCUAUGAUGAUGGUGUCAGACUGGAGCAAAGAUCCUUCAAUUCCACAAGCCAUUCAUGGUAUGUUCUUGUUAUCAGGAGUAUUUGAUUUGGUACCUAUUGUAAAUACUUAUGUUAAUGAUGUAUUAAAACUGACUUAUGUUAAUGAUGCAUUAAAAUUUUAAUACCCUGUCCACAUAAAUUCUAAGAAUUUCUCAAUACCUUGAAUGUGAAGGUUUUAAGAAAAAGAGUAAUUUCCCUUUGGCUCAAUUUUGGUUUAUAACUUAAAGUUAUAUUUUAUUACUCAAACUAAGUUUUAAGGAUUUUCUCAUGAACCAGCUGUCAGUUAUGUUAAAUGGAAAUUGCCAACUUCCACAAUAAUUAACAAUAAUUACAUUGUUAUCUUACUUCCCUAACCUACAUUACUGGUUGCCUUUGUUAGAAAACCUUGGAACAGUCAAGCUCAGUUGCCUCCAACGCUGUCAGAGACUUUUUGUUGACAAUACUUUUAGUAGAAAUUUCAUGCCUUAGACAAACAAAUUCAACACCUAAUUAAUCUUUCUUUUUUCAUGAUUGUUGUUGCUGCUUUUUUUUUUCAGUUUUUUGCUCUAUUUCCAUAACUAAUUGCUGUAAUUUGUUUUGCUGUUUUUAUUCUUACAAAACAUUUUUGUAAGAGUUCCAAUACUUGUGGAUCAUCCACACACUUUGCAAACAUUUGGCAUGCAGACAAGACAUAGUCAAUGUUCCCUUUGAGGAAAAACACCUUUUAUAUGACGUCUUCAAUUUACUUUAUUUGAAACUCUGAUCUGAAAAUAUUUGUCAACAAGACUUGUUAGUAGUGAAAUACUGACAAAGAAUCUGCUGCACAAAUCAGUCCUCAACAAAUUCUGAUAAAGAUGUUGCCAACAAUUUGUGUGCCCUAUUUUGGUUGUGAUUGAAGAGCAUGGUUCCGGCCAGAGUUUCAUCGACAGGCUAAAGAAUUUGUUGAAAUCUUAAAAAUUCAUAAUGUUCAGUGUUCUUUGCUUGAGCUACCAGGAGUAGAUCAUUUGUUGAAAUCUUAA